CAAAAACUUCUCACAAAGGAACAAGUCCCUCAAAAUGAAAAUCGUCGCAGUUCUGUAUCCUGGAGGCCAAGCAGCCAAAGAACAAAGUGCUAUGCUAGGCUGUGUUGAAAACGAACUUGGUCUUCGUGAAUGGCUAGAAUCAAAAGGACAUACUUAUGUCGUUACUGAUGACAAGGAACCUUCCGACAGUGAGCUUGACAAGCAUUUACCUGAUACCGAUAUCCUGAUCACGACACCAUUUCACCCCGCCUACAUGAAUGGUGAGCGUCUUGAGAAGGCUAAGAAGCUCAAGCUGGCCAUCACUGCUGGCGUUGGUAGCGACCAUUAUGAUUUGGAACAUAUCCAUAAGCAUAAACCAGAUUUGUCCGUUCUCGAAGUCACCGGGUCCAAUGUCGUUUCAGUCGCUGAGCAUGUCCUCAUGUCCAUUUUGGUCUUGAUCAAGAACUUCGUACCAGCUCAUGCACAGAUUACCAAUGGAGAAUGGAAUGUAGCCAAUGUUGCAAUGCGGACUUAUGAUCUGGAAGAUAAAGUCGUCGGAACGGUGGGUGCAGGAAGAAUCGGUUUCCGUGUCUUGCAACGAUUGUUACCCUUCCAGUGUAAGGAGCUCGUGUACUUUGAUUAUCAAUCGUUGGCACCUGAACGAGAAAAGGAAGUUGGAGCCAAGAGAGUGGAGUCAUUUGACGAAUUCUUAUCCAAGUGUGAUAUCAUCACCAUCAACUGCCCUCUGUAUGAAAGGACUCGUGGAUUAUUUAACGAACAGGCCCUUAGCAAAAUGAAAAAGGGUGCUUAUCUAGUCAACACCGCCAGGGGUGCCAUUGUUGAUAGAGACGCUCUUGUGAAGGCUGUCAAUAGUGGUCAUAUUGCAGGCUAUGCCGGUGAUGUAUGGUAUCCUCAACCCGCUCCUAAGGACCACCCAUGGAGAUACAUGCCUAACAACGGUAUGACGCCUCACUACUCUGGUACUUCAUUGGAUGCUCAGAAACGAUAUGCUCUAGGUACUAAGGAAAUUUUGGAAGCUUUCUUCAAUGACAAGCCAUUCAGACCGGAGGAUGUGAUUGUUCGCGCUGGCGCCAUCGCUAGUGCCUCGUAUGGUGAAAAGAAAUGAAGAAGAGUGGUUUGAAGGUGGCCAAACAUCAUAGCCUCCUCACAUGAAAUAUUGUAUUAGGUGCUCUCACCUACAUUUUCGUAUUAAAUGAGUUCCAUAUUUGGGACAGUUCUCAUAAACAAUAUUUCUUUUUGAAAAACCACAAUAAACAUUCAUAUCGCUGAUCUUGCCCGUACGAAUCAUACAAUAAAAGUUCG